AUGUCGCUGUUGGAAUGGUCAUCGGUGGCCCACACUGUGGAAUACGCCGGCUUGGUUCUGUCCGUCACUGUCAACUCGACCCUUGCUUUUCUGAUUCUGACCAAGUCUCGGAAAGGACUUGGCUCAUACAAGUACCUCAUGCUCUCCUUCGCCUUUUUUGGCAUUUUCUUCUCUUUGGUGGACGCAUUCACCGAGCCUGUAAGUUUGUUUAAUGUUUAGUUCAAUUUGUUAAAACUUUUGGGUCAAUAUACGGUUCCAUGUUUUACUACUUUGACUUUUUUGAAUUAAAUUUAACAGCUUUCUUAGAGUUGAGCAAACAAAUUGUUGUUAGUAAAUCGAAAUAUUGAUUUUAUUCUGCGAUUUCAGUAAAAGUAAAAUCCUGUUUUAGUGACUCAAUGAGCCGGGAAAAAGUCAUGAUUUCAGACGAUACACACUUAUGGAACGACUUUUAUGGUUUUCACGAUUCUCAGCAAGUAUGGACUUACCAAAACCCAAGGCGCCGUAUCUUGCGGUAAAAGAGAAUUGUAAACUUUAAAAAGAAACUUUUUCAGCCCUGUAUUGCUCAUGUUUCUGCAUGACUUUAGCUCUGCUAGCCAUACACUUUCUAUACCGUUAUUUUGCCGUUUGCAAGUGAGUUUUCAAUAAUUUUCAAAAGACUUUCUCCAAUAAAUUUAGACAAGAUGGUCUGCGGCUGUUCAAAGGUUAUAAUAUUUUCAUUUGGCCGGUUGUUGUGAUUUUCCUUGGCAGCGAUUGGGGCCUCACCUCGUUCUUCUUGGAAGGAGAGACAACUGAAUCGAGUGAAUAUGUCAAGUGAGGACAUUUCGAUCGAAAAAUGGACUUUUGAACUUGAUAGUGCGACGAUAUGGGAACAUUUCGCUCUACGGAUGGACGAAAUCGGCUACGUUGGUCCGCAUUACUUUGUGAGCACUUUGGAGAAGUUAUCUAAAUUUUGAAAAAAAAGGCUCAAAUUUUUUUGGUUUUAUGAAAAAUCUCAAUUUCACAAAAUCAUUGUUUAUUGUAAAUAUUCAAGGUACAUAACGAAAAAGGAGAGCGAGUCUACAAUUGGCCCUCCUGUAUCGGGAUGGUGAAUCUCUUAAAAAUCAUGGUGAACGAACAUUUCUAGAUGAAUAAAACAAGAAUCGUCCAGGGAAUGUCAUUUUCCGUCGUUUUCUACUGCGGCAUCUCGACUUCGUUGGCGAUGAAGGAACACGGCGAAACCAAGACGCAAAGGACGCGCGAGCUGCAGGCUCAGCUCUUCCGAGCCCUGGUCGUUCAGGUUUCAUUGUUUCUUAGAGCAGAGGAAGACGAGUCAGUUCAGACAAUGAUUCCGGUUGUUUUCAUGUACCUGCCAGUGGGUAUUCUCUUCAUCUCGCCUUUUUUCGAAGUCGAACUCGGCGCUCCCACGAGCUUCGUCGCCAUCACACUCGCCUUGUACCCGGUCCUCGACCCUAUGGCCGUCAUUUUCUUCAUCCAAGACUAUAGAAAAGCUCUUCUGAGUAAAUAACCCUCAAAUAGAGUUAUCUCUACAUAUUUAUGGCUACAGGAGGACUUUGUGGAUGUUUUUGCAAGACGCGGCCGAAUCAACACAGUACGACGAUAAGCAGCACCGUUCGAAACACUUUGUGA